GAGAUUUUGUUCUCGAUUGAGACCGAGGAACCUAAACAAGAAGGCCUUUGCACAGCUCUCGUCAACAAAUACUUGAAAACCAUGUAGUCGCUUAUUGGGAUUUUAAAUAGUUAUAUCAGACGACAUGUCUGUUUAUUUCAUCAUUAUAGGGUUACUCAUUACCCUUUCCGGACAUUUCUCAGAGGGAAAUACACAAACUGAAGAGAAAAACAAUUUCCUCCGGCAGGCUGUGAGUCAACUUGUACGUCGAAACUUUCCAGAAAUAUAUCCAGAGGAAGAAAAAUUGCCAGUGAAAAAAGAUGUAGAUAAUGUACUAGCUGAAGAUAAAGUUAUUGACAAAGAAGUUUUAGUUGACACAAAAGAUACAGCUUCAAAAACACCCGGACAAAAUGAUGGAAAAGAUACGGGUAGUCCUGUACCAGAAGUGUCAAAACCCACAGAUCCACCCACACCUAAAGCCGCAGCCCUUGUCCAAAACAAUGAGGAGGAGGAAAAGAGUCAUAUUAUUGGCAUGCCUAGGGGUGACUUCUUAUUUAUAGCAAUAACAACAGGAUGCAGUUUAGCUGCCUUUAUAGGACUGAUUAUUGCUGGAGUUUGCUGGUACAAACUCCACAAGAACGUGAAGGCAGCCAGUGAAGUGGAGUAUCCAGCGUAUGGGGUAACAGGACCGUCCAAGGAGCGGAUGCCACCUCCUCCUGGGGACCGCAAGUUGGCACAGAGUGCUCAGAUGUACCACUAUCAGCAUCAGAAACAACAGAUGAUCGCCAUGGAGAAAGCUAAUGGUGAGAUGAAACAUGAUGCAUCAGAAGAUGAAUCUGAGGAGGAAAAUGAGGAGGGCGAUUAUACUGUAUAUGAAUGUCCCGGUCUGGCACCGACAGGGGAGAUGGAAGUAAGAAAUCCUUUAUUCAGCGAGGAGACCCCCGGAGCUCCCGGCCCAGAACAUCCUAAGGAGCCCCAGUGAGGGUGCAUCAGUCUUCAGCUGAAGGCGCUGUAGUUAUCUCCCUUAGCUCUGGCUUAGUGGGUGUGAAACAUAUGUAGUUGUGGUGGGAUAUAAUUUUUGUUGUUCUUAGACAAGUGCUCUGUGAUUAAGAUAUUUAUUAAUUAGUAAUUAGUUUAUCCCUGUGAUUUUUGGUGAAAGCAUAUUGUAUCAAAUAAUAUGAAACUUAAUUUUGUCAUCAAAAAACGAAAAUCAACUGAACUAGAUUCUUUGAAUGGGUCAAUACACUGUACUGAAACAUGUUAAGACAGUUACAUAUAAGGAAAUAUCUGUAUCAAGAACAUCAGUAAGAUAUCACUGUAUUUAGAACAUCAGUAAGAUAUCACUGUAUCAAGAACAUCAGUAAGAUAUCACUGUAUUAAGAAUAUUAGAAAGAUAUCAUUGUAUUAAGAACAUCAGUAAGAUAUCACUGUAUUAAGACAUUAGUAAGAUAUCAUUGUAUUAAGAACAUCAGUAAGAUAUCACUGUCUUAAGAAUAUCGGUAAGAUAUCACUGUAUUAAGAACAUCAGUAAGAUAUCACUGUAUUAAGACAUCAGUAAGAUAUCAUUGUAUUAAGAACAUCAGUAAGAUAUCACUGUUCAGUCCUGUUUGGCAGUUACAUUUUCUUUAUUAAGAAUGUAUAACAGUAUUGACUUGUACCAUGAAACUACCUGAAAAUAUACAAAUUGUCAAAAUUGAUUUUAUAGUUCACAACUUCACACUAUACUUAAAUUACUCUUCAAAAUAGGAGAGUUCAGGUUUGACCCUUAUUAGGAAGUUCUCCUACCUUGAAGAAUAUAAAUGGUAUACAUUGUACAAUGUACAUUGAAUCGCACAAAUAAUGUUUUAAUCCCUCAUUUUGUUCAUGGCUUGUGAUCAUUCCACGGUGUAACUGAGAAAUUGUACUGUUCAAGUUACACUAGCCUUGGCUGUCUGUGGACAGGUCUUUUUUGUUUCAUUUGGUUGAAAAGCUGUAUAUCAAAGUCACAAAAUUACACUUAUAAAAUAAAAUGGCUGUAACAAAGUGAUUUAUGAAGUAUUGUAUAAGUUUUAGAUCUGAAAAUUGAUACAUGGUAGUCUUGAUUUAGUAUUUUCUGAAACCUUGAAGUCAAGUUUUUAACCUUUUCUGUUUUGUUGUGCUAUAUUUUUUUCCUCUGUGCAUUCCAAAGAUAUCACAAUACCGGUUCCUGUAUUUGAUCCUCCUAAAGUCUGUGUGAUGAGCUGGUGAUGAUAAUGAGGAUGAUUGGUGAUGAGGAGGAGGAAGGAUGAUUUAACACUAGUUGACUUGGCACUUUGUGUUGUAAAUCCACUAUUGACUAGAGCAUAUGUUAAACAGUAGAAUUAGUAACAUUUCUCAAUGAUUUGAAAUCCUUUAAACCAUUUAUUAAUCCUUGAUCUCACAAUUCUUUAUGUCUCUACUUGAUCUGAUAUUCUUCAAUAUUUUCCAUUCAUACAUAGAUUUAACAUAGAUUUUAUCAAAAUUCAUCUUUAUCUCAUUCCCUUUCGGUAUUUACACUGUGAAUUGCUUGCUUUGGUCACCUACGAACUUCUCCAAAUCUCCUUUGUUAUAACAAUCCCAUGCUGACAUGUAUAAAGUAAACCUGUUUAAAUCUACAAAGAAGGGUAUAGCCUAAUACUAUUUGUAUUAAAAGCAGUUUUGCGGAAUCAAUAUCUAUGCUCUUAAGGCUAAUGCAGACAUGUUCAGCGGAUAGGAAACGUUUUAUCAGCUCUUGUUUAUAUACAUAUCUCCUUUAUCUCUGUUAAGUUUUGUAUCGUGUCUUCUGUACUAAAUUGCGGUGUGGCCUUGGAUACAGCAUUAGCGUGGUCCCUACAUUUGUAUUGGACAUGCAUGCUGUUUGAUGAUAUGGGGGAACAAGUCGGUGUUUGACUGCUCUUGGAAAACUUAUUGUUUUUAUGUUAUGUUAUUAAUGGUUGUGAAUUUAUGAUUUGCUGAUGUUAAAAAGAAAAUGUAAACUGAAAAUAUUACUCCAUCCUGUUCUAAGCUUUGGCGUAGAUCCAUACAUAGAUACAAAAUGUAUACGAAACGCUUGAAAAAUGACACAAUUUUAGUCACUCAUGAUCUCCAAAACGAAAUGUAUGGAUGUUAUCUACAAAAUUACAGCUAAGAUGGAAGAUGUGCAUUUGGUAAUAUUGUAGUGUAUUAGGAAAACGCAGGCUCUCUUUAUAAAUCACCAUGUUCUAUAUGACAGUCAAUGGUAUAUAAUGAGUGCUCAUCGGUCUUGGUUAAGGUUCGUGAUUCAUUAACUUAAUUUACGACAUUCCUGUUGUUUUUAUUUAUGUUGUAUUAUGCUUUAAUUUUGAAAUUGAUGUAAGUGUUCGCCACUUAGAUUAAUUGAUCAGUAUUUAUUAAGUCUGAGAAGUAUUCUGACUCUUUGAUUCAGCGAUAUGGGUUUCUUAUCAAGACUGGGGAGGAAUUCCUGAAUAUUUUUUUCUUAUUUAGGCAGAAGAAUCUCAUCCAUAACGACAUGGGACAGCAUUAUAAAGAAAGAGGAAUUACAGUUUCUCAGUAUAUUUUUAAUCUAUGAUAGGCUAUGCUAAUUAUUUCAAAUUAGUUUUACAUGUAUUUGCAUAGAAAAAGGGUAAACUUCCAGGCAUGGCAUAAAUUACAGUGCUUCAUGUAAAAAUACAUUUAGUUGCUGAAAUCAAUUCCCUGUGAAAACUUGGUACAUUUAAAGUAAAAGGUUCUUUGUGAGUGAAAUGUGCAAUAACCCUCUAUGGUGUUCUCAGCAAAUCCCAAAGGUAAAUAAGAAAAAUAAUUUAACUUCAGAAACUUCUCAACAAAUAAUUGUCAUAUUGUAACAUCAUAGAAUGCUAUUAAUGCAUAUGAAUGAGAAUGGCGUUCAUUCUUUUAGAUUUUAAUAUUUUGUACACAAAAAGUGCUCACCCUGUUGGUCAUUUUAACUACACAAUUAAACAUUUUAGUUAUCAUAGAAACGCAACACUAAAAUCAACACCCAAACUUAAUCUCUUGAAUCAUUUGGAAAUUAUUUACAACUUUUCGUUGUAACUUAUAUGUUGUUUAGGUCUGGUGCGGUUAU